GUCAAAUGUCAAAUAAAUUAAAAUAAAAAUAAAAAUAUUUAUAUUGUUUUAUAGUUUUUUAAAAAUCUAUUCUAAUUUAUGGUUUCUUUGAUAGUCUUUCUGUUCAUAAGUUAGAUUUUUAGCAGUACAGUGACAAGCAUAUAAAUAAUGUAUUCAAUUUUUAAUGGCAAAGCUAAAAAACAUGAUUAUUUAGGGGAAGGUGAACCUCCACCGAAAAAGAUUGUAACUGAAGGCACUAUUUUGAUUAAAAAUUUAGCAAAAAAACAAUUAAAAACCAAUGCAACAUUAACAGAACAACUGUUACAAAAAAAAGAAUUUGUAUCGAGUGAAAAAUAUACAGAUAUUACCAGUCACAUAAGUGGAAAAUCUAAUUUGACUGAUUUUAAGACGUCCAUAAACAAUGUAGAUACGUGGAAUUUGUUUAAGAGUAAAAAUAUUAGUGAUAGAGAUAUCGAAAUGUAUAAGGAAUAUAUUAGCCACAAUAACAAAUUUUGGGAAAAACAUAAACACAUUAAUAAGGAUGUGUUAGUUAAACAAUUAAAAUGCAUUGAAGAUCUAUUGGAAACGACUGACAAUGUGAAUGACAGACCUCUACCAACAUUAUCUAGACAUCAGCAACAAUAUUUAAAUUCUUUAAAACCAAACAGCAUUGAAACAAAAUUGUUAAAAUUUGCAACAGAAAACAUUCAAAACACACAGAAAUUAGUUUCCAAUGGACCAAUGGAUGAACUGUCUAAUAUGGAAAAACAAAUUACUGAAUCUAUUCAGCAAUAUACACAUUUGGACUAUAAGAAAAUUCGAAAAAAGGCAAGAUCUCUGGGAAACAAAAUAAUAAGCUUAGAAGAUGAUAUCAAAAAUAUAGGGAAUUGUGAUAACAGUACAAAGCUAAAAGAUAAGUUGCCCAACAAUUCUCUGUGGGAUAUAAAAGAAAAACCUACCAUUCCAAAUACUAAAAUAAUUGAAAAAUCUAAAACAUACAGUUGUAAGCCUGAGACUCUUUAUACUAUAAAAAACGAUCAGAUUAUUAAAUUGGAUGAUACAGAAUUGAAGAAAAAUUCUCAAAAUAAUUCCUGCAAGUCAAAGCUUAGCAUUGAGGAAAUCAGAAAUAUUCAAAAAUUUUCUGAUUACGAAACAGGAAUUCCUUCCAGAAUGUUAUUCUUGAAAAAUUUAUCAAAAAAUGUUAAAGACACUGAUUUUGACAGUCUUUUAGAGAACAUCCAUACUUCUUAUACUAUAAAAAUCAUGAAAGGGAAGAUGCGAGGCCAAGCAUUCAUAGAAUUUGUAGAUGAAGGUGAGUCAUCCAAGGCUUUGAAUAUAUUAAAUGGUGUUAUUUUAGAAGGCAAGCCUGUGAUAGUACAAUUUGGAAAGAGAAAAAGUAAAACUUGAGAUAUCCAGAUAAUAAAGAUUUUAAUUUGUCAUUUGUACACUCAAAAUAUUAAUGCAAAAUAAAAUAAAUGCUAGAAUCUGUA